AUGACCCUCGAGUUUAAUGCCCUUAUUAAAAAUAAGACAUGGGAACUUGUCCCUCGACAACCUCACAUGAAUGUGUUACACAGUUUGUGGUUGUUUCAUCAUAAAUACAAGUCGAAUGGUACAUUAGAACGGUACAAAACACGUUUGGUUUGUGAUGGGAGUAUUGAUUGUGGCGAUACUUUUAGUUCGGUUGUUAAACCGACUACUAUACGUACCGUUUUAUCACUUGCUUUGUCUCAAUCAUUGAAGAUACAUCAGUUGGAUGUCAUAAAUGCGUUUCUAGACGGUAAUUUACAUGAGACGUUUUAUAUGUAUCAGCCGAUGGGUUUCCGGCAUAAACACUUUCCUGAUCAGGUAUUUCUUCUCAAGAAGUUACUUUAUGGGUUGAAACAGGCGCCACAUGCAUGGUACCAACAAUUUACUGAUUUUGUCAUCUCUAUUGGGUUUCGACAGAGUCGUUAUGAUCACUCUUUGUUUGUUUAUCAUCAUGGUACUGAUGUGGCCUACUUACUCAUCUAUGUCGAUGACAUUAUUCUUACGACAUCUACGGACUAUCUUCGGGAUCGUCUUAUGUGUCGAUUAGGUGAUGAAUUUGCCAUGAAAGAUCUCGGCCCUCUUAGUCAUUUUCUUGGAGUUCAAGUUACUCGAAUGGGGAAUUCUAUGUUUCUUUCUCAGCAACAAUACACUAAUGACAUUAUUGAACGGGCCGGUAUGACUUCUUGUAACCCGGUUGCUACACCCGUUGACUGCAAUCCGAAGCUAAGUGCCACAUCUAGUCCCGAGUUUGACUAUCCAACUCAGUACCGUAGUUUGGCAGGUGCACUUCAAUAUUUAACCUUUACUAGACUUGACAUUAGUUAUGCGGUUCAACAAGUGUGUAUGUACAUGCACUCUCCUCGUCUUGAUCACUGGAAUGCUCUCAAACGUGUCAUUCGUUACUUAAAGGGCACUACCUCCUUUGGGCUUACUUUGGGCUCCGUUGGUGAUUUCUCUCUUCGUGCAUACACGGAUGCGGACUGGGCCGGGUGUCCUAACACACGUAGAUCUACAUCCGGGUACUAUGUUUAUCUUGGCUCUACUUUAUUGUCCUGGUCUUCCGAGCGUCAAGCCGUUGUUUCUCGGUCUAGCACUUAA